AUGCCUGUUACAUUCAACACCAACAUCCCCAUCGAAGAACUCCAGCCCCCUGAAAUCGGCCACGGCGGGUACGAAGGACUCAAACCCCGCACCGAGAUCCUCCCGCAAGGCCACAAAACCGCACCCGGGAGACGCGCUCUGCCUUGCGAUAUCCAAGCUGAUCACGAUGUUGCCAUUGUCGUGCGAGACGGGUGUACGCUGUACGCGGAUAUCUAUCGGCCUCCUGAUGCACCUACCCGGUCAACACCUGCUAUCGUCUGCUGGGGUCCCUUCGGGAAGAAGUUCAACGGCGUCUCAUCGCUGCAGCUAAUGACGCCGUGGAAUCUGGGUAUACCUGAUGGAACGCUGAGCGGGCUGGAGAAGUUCGAGGCGCCUGAUCCGGCGGAGUUUGUGCCGAGGGGGUAUGCGAUUGUCAAUGUCGACUCGCGCGGGGCGGGCGAUUCCCAGGGAUGCAUGGUGACCAUGGGUACACAAGAGGCAGAGGAUGGAUAUGAUGUGAUUGAAUGGAUUGGAUGGCAGGAGUGGUGUAAUGGUUCUGUUGGCAUGGCGGGGAACUCGCACCUCGCUAUCAUCCAGUGGUUUAUUGCGGCGCUGCAGCCGCCGUCCUUGAAGGCUAUUGCGCCCUGGGAGGGCUGUGGGGAUUUGUACAGGGAGCAGUUUGCGCGAGGGGGGAUCUAUGGUGGGGAUUUGUUUGACAGGUUGAUUGUCAAGUAUAUGCUGCGUGGACAGGGCGGGAUGGAGAGUUUUCGCAAGAUGUACCAGCAGCAUCCGCUUGCGUCGGACUGGUGGAAUGACAAGCGGCCUGAUAUGAGGAAGAUCAACAUUCCGACGUAUAUCACCGGGACCUGGACGAAUACGAUGCACGGCAUGGGUGCCAUUCGAGGUUGGCUGGAGGUGCAGUCGCCGCAUAAAUGGCUGCGCUGGCAUCCGUACCAGGAGUGGUACGAUAUCUGGGGGAAUCCAGAAGCGACCGUCGAGCUACUGAGUUUCUUUGAUCGGUAUUUAAAGAACGUGCAGAAUGGUUGGGAGGAUACUCCUCGUGUCAGGAUGGCCAUCCUGCGGUAUGGCGAGAGCACCCCGAUAGCCAACAUCGUCGAGCCGGACUUCCCAUUGCCUCGCACGGUCUACCGCAAGGUAUACCUUGAUAAAGGUGGCUCACUACUGGAUCAGCCGUCCACAUCUGGGACACUUUCUUAUAACUCAGAAGACCCCGCAGAUAUGGCCAAGUUCACGUACACCUUCACCCAGCGCACGCAGCUGGUAGGCAUACCCAAGGCCGUCCUCUACAUGCGCUGCGACGACUACGACGACAUGGACGUGUUCAUCGUAUUAAGCAAGCUAUCUGCAUCCGGGGAGCUGAUGUUCAACCUCAAUAUCCCAUGGAAGGGCUUGCCCGUGUCGUCUAUUGACGAAAUUCCUCAAGACAAACGGACGGAGGUUAUCCUCUACCAAGGCCCAACGGGGAUUCUGCGAGCCUCACACCGCGCCAUUGAUGAGGCCAAGUCCAUGCACCCGCACUGGCCGUUCCAUCCGCACGAGCAGGAGGAGAAGAUCACGCCUGGCACGGUUACCCGGUUAGAUAUAGGGAUCUGGGGAAUGGGAGUGGAGUAUGAAGCAGGCGAGAGUUUACAACUUCGCAUCAGCGGUCAUUACCAGGGGAUAUCGAAUUUCGGCACAACUGACCAUGUCAGGAAUAAAGGCUUGCAUUGGGUUCAUGUUGGGGGGGAGUAUGAUAGUCAUUUGGUGUUACCGUUUGUCUGA